AUGUAUUACCGGUUUGAAUCACGAGGCCGAGUUUCAAGUGCUCUUGAUACGAUAGGGUCCGUCAGGGAACGUAUUGCUAUAUUUGAAACAUUAUCUACGGAUAACCAGCUUGUGUCAACUCGUAAGUCGGAUAAUUCAGCAGAGUUAGCGGGAUUUCUAAAACAUGACAGGGACAGUCCUUUUCGGGAAGGAUCUAGUGAACCUGAUGAUGAACCGAAAACAAUCCCUUACAAGCCGGAAAGUGAUCAAUCCGAUGCAAAAGAAACUGGCAAGUUAUUUUUAUUCGCUCAAAUUAAAGAGACAACUGGCCAUUUAGAUGGGUUAACGAAAGCACAAAGUAAGACUUAUUGCGGGUAUAAUGGGUCUCAGAAAGACAGGUAUGAUGUCCAAAAAUACAGUUAUGGAUCAGAUCAGAUAGCUGCACAAGAAUCUGGUCAGCAAUCCAGGACUGAAAUGCAAAAACAUAUACCCAGUGAACGUAGGGGUACACCAGAAACAGUGGGUGCAAAACGGACGAAACAGAAAAAUGAUAAUAAAAGUGUAAGAAAUACAGAAGGGCAGAAACUGGCUAAAUGGGAACAAGAACAAAGUACAAGUCUUCCUAAUGAAUUGCAAGUGCUCAUGCAAAGACGAUUCCAGAAAAUAGUUGAGGCGGAAGAGGCAAAGAAAGUCAGGGAAUUGGUAAACAAAACAGAAGAGGAACAGAUAUUGAAACCCGUAAUUCCUUUCGGAAUUGAUUUGCAACAAACAGUAACUCAGCCAACUAAAUCUAGCAAGUUAAAAGGUUUGCAAGAAGUACGAACACAAAGACGGGACCAGGAAACGUGUUCUGAAAUCUAUGCAGUUGAAGGAUGGGAAGCCAUUGAUGCCGACGAAAUAUAUACGGUUACUAAAGAAUAUUUUACAAAGCAAGGUGAAGUCAUGGGAAAAGAAAUCCAUUCAAAAGGAAGUGCUUCUGCGACACGGAAAACCCCUGCAGCAGGGACAACACUAGAUUCCGAAAGUACUAUUUGGAAAAUGUUGAUACCAACUGAAAAAUACUUCGGAUUAGAAAACGUUCUUUCAGGGAACGAAACUGCAAAGGAUGAAACACUUAUACUACAUUAUACUAAAGAACCUCCUAUGGAAAAGCUAAGGCUGAAGGAAAAUGAGCGCAUGCUUUCUGAAGAAUUAAUUGAGAAAGGCGAUAUAUAUACUAGGAUGGUGAAAGGUGAAGGACACCUAAGUAAGUGUGUUAGUGAUGAUGCAUCCACAGUAACAUCUGCUACUGAAAGACCGGAACUAGAUUUCUUGAAGAAUGGGACUGGUGAACUCGAAGUAAUUCUUCUAUCACCUUAUGAAGGAUUGAGCAAAUCUGAAGUAUUACUCCCUGGUGAAUUGAAUAUCACAGAUAUACUGCUGGAGAAUACUAAGAAAUUCACAGCUUCUUUUGAUGGAUUAAGUGAAAAUAGCAAAGAGAGAGCGUGUGAAGUUAAAAUCGUCAGGGAAAGUAUAAUACCGUCCAGUAUCAAUGAAUCAAAAGAACCGCUCUUAUCAGAGCGGAAAAUUAUUGUCACCGAAACUGGCUUGAUUAAAAGAAUAAAUGUAUUGGAGACAUCACCUGUCGAAGGAAAAAUAAAGCUAAGGGAAGCAUCUGUGGUAAGAACUGAAAUAAGCAAAGAGAUUUUAAAAACAGAAAGAUUAAAAGAAGAGGUAGACAUAAUAAGUAUGACUCGAGAGGAAGAUCCCAUUAAGCAACAGAAGAAAUCAUCUGCACUGUUGCAGACGAUAACAGUUCAAAAUAUGUGUGACUUGCGUACUGGCCGAGAAAUGUCUGUAAGAUAUAAGGAUACUCCUUUUAUGGUCACUGUAGGGCCAGUUUUGACACAAGUAAAAGAAGUCAAGGAACCUGUGCCAGGAGCAGCUUUCAAAAAAAAUGAAGCAAAGGGUGUUAUUAAUUUUGAUAUUGUAAUGCAAUUAGAAGUGAAAGAAGACGAAGCCGGUUCGACAAAAACCGACGAGGCUUAUGCAGUCAAAAUUGGAUUGCUUGAAAGGGGUGGCUUCGGUGGCGAUGAGAGUUGGGAAGGUAGAAAAACGAGUGAGCAGAUUGCAAAGAAUAUUGUCGAUGUAAUCGACGAAGAUGAAAAAUGCCUAGAAAAUGAAGCCAAAAGAGUGGUAGAAAAUAUGACUGCUGAAGGUGCUAUAGAUAAAACAGAAACAGCUUUCAAGAAAGAUGAUUUCGGAAAUAUAUGUACGUCAAAAAAUCACUUACUUAUCGAAACAUCAUCACAAAAGCAAAUAAUACAUUUUCCAAAGGCAAAAGCUUGUUGUCACGAGAAACAACAGGGAGAUUCAGAAGAAGGUGAAACGACUAAUUUUGAACCCAUAUUGUCAGAACGAGUUGAAAUUACUUCAGAAGAAGAAACAUCCACUGAAGUUGCAGAAGGAACAAUAAAUAAUGAGUGGACGGAAACGGCGAGGCAAGAAGAGAUGCAUUAUACACAAGGCACUUCGGUAGAAUGGAUGCUUAAAGAUGAGAAGUCUCAACUGCAAGAAGUUGAAAUGGAUAAGCCAAAAAUGAUCAUCUUGGGAAAGGAAAAACAAUUUGAUGAAAUGGGAGAUAAAAUGAAGCAUGCAGGGAAAGAUCAUUGCUAUUCGCAGAUCACUUCAGAGGAAGCCAUGGGUAAGCUGGAACGGUUGCGACCUACAGAACCAUAUGUUGAACUAUCUGCCAUUGCAAGAACGUCACAAAUGCAAAAGUAUAAAUCUGAGGGUAGUGAAACAUUCAUACAACGAGUAGGUAGCAAAAAAUUUCCUGUACUAAAAAAAACAUAUCGUCCAACUGAAGAUAUAGAGAUUACUGAACAACAUAAAGUAUGGGCAUAUCACGAGCCGGCGAGUAUGGAAAUCUCAACUCAAGAGGAAAUGCUGACAAAGCAAGAAGCUGAAGAUGGAAAGAGCUCUGUACUCAAAGAGGUACUAGAAGUAGAGGGUAAAGAAUCGGUAAUCAAGUCCAGAUUAUAUGCACAGGCUUCAGCUGACGAACUAGAUGCAAGCGAAAGAGAUCAAAUUUGCAGUAAAAAUUUGCAGUUCAAAAAGGAAGAAGAUUCAUCCGCACAAGAACCUAAAAACCCUGAUAAGAAAGAGGGCAGAGUAUCUGUAGUGGUCACCACACCAACAGUAGCCCCCGCCACUAGCGCUACUGUUAUUUAUAAUCACAUUCCGGAAAUUCCGAGACGUGAAGAGGGAAAAAUUGAAACAGGAAAAGAGACAUCACUGAUAGAUAGAGAGACCGUUUCUGAAUAUUUGUCAGACAUCGAUACUGAUUUCAAGAAUGAAAAAGAAGCAGUAGUCCACAUAAAGCAGCAGGAAGAGUUGCAGCUAAUAUCGGGGUACAGAAAUAAGGACAAAUGCGAAAAAUAUGAAGACAUCUUAAAAAAUGAUAAAGUGCAAGACCAGCUGGAGGGGAGACUUGCUCAUACAAAAGAUUUUGUUGAAGACUUUUUUGAAUCAAGCUCUUUAAAGCUAUUUUCGGAUCAACGCUCUGGAAAAGUAAAUGCUCUGCGACCUCACAUUUCUCUAAGCAAUAUAUCUUCGACAGGUUGGUUGCAAAAACAGGGAAAGAGGGUGGAAUUGUUGCGUACAACAUCCAUAUGUGCACUUAAUUAUGAAAUGAGCAGCGAAGGUGAGCAGUUAGAACAGGAAAGUGACUCCUAUAAAAGCACUAGUAAAGAAGAAAAAAGGGAGGAAGAAGAAGAGGUAGGUGACAUGAAAUUGCAGCAAAUCAAAGUAGUAGAAUGCUCAGAAAACGAAGUGAAGGAAGUGGAGGAAAUUCCAAGUAAAUGCUCACGACUUACAACAGUAGUUGGAACUGAAGGAGAAUCUAUAAAGUCAAAGAAUGUGGAAGUUUCCACGACACUGCUUGGGACAGAAGAAUUCUCGAAAACUGACGCAAUUGUGGAAGGGCCCUCAGAAAGUGUAAAUGAUGAACUUGGGUAUAAUAAGGAAAUGGACGAACGUUUGAAGGGAUAUAAAAAAGAUAAAGGGGAUGAAAACAUGAAAAGAAAUGGUGAGAUUUGCGGAGAUCGAGCUCAUCCUGAAGAAGUUAGAGAAAGCAUUUUAGACAGAUCCAAAAUUCUGACUGAAACAACGGAAUUAUCUAGAUUACCGUACAAAGAAGUAGAUUGGAAAGACUCAAGAACGGUGGACGAAAAGCGACAAGUUAAAACGGCCGGAGAAAAAGUUUACGAAGAUAGAUUACAUUUUCGUGGUUCGCUUCGUGAUUCAGUAAAAAGAGAAGAGCAUAAACAGACACCAGAAUAUAUUGAAUCAACAGUUGAAACGGAGGAAGAAUGGAACAGUAAAAGCGUGGAAACCAUAAAAGAGGGACCUGCUGAAAUGGGAGAGUCUCCCAUACUUCACUCAAAAUGGCCAAAAAUGGAAAAAUCAGUGCAGGAACCUCCGGCAGAGUCUGAGGAAAUUAUGGAUCGGUUAAAUAGAACGGAAGAUUUGGAAGAAACUGGAACAAAACCGUUCGAAGAUUUUACACCGGAUAAAGAGAGUGCAAUAAUAUCAAAAGAACUCACUACAGAAUUAGUACAUGUAACUGAUAUGAAGCCUCCGGCAGAGUCUGAGGAAAUUAUGGAUCGGUUAAAUAGAACGGAAGAUUUGGAAGAAACUGAAACAAAAUCGUUCCAAGAUUUUAUGCUGGAUCGAGAAGAAUAUGGUGCAGUAAUGUCUAAGGAACUGACUACAGAGGGAGAAGAUACUGAAACGAAAGCUUUGACAGAAUCAGAACUUGAGGAUCGGUCAAGUUGGACGGAAGCUUUGGUAGAAACUGAAAUAAAACCGUUCGAAGAUUUUAUACCGAGCAGAGAGGCUGUCAGUGAGUACGGUAUCUUAGUGUCUGAAUUUGCAUUGACUGAAGAAAAACCUAUUUCAUCUCGAAAUUUGAUGUAUGAAGUUCCAAUACAAACUGAUGAACUCAUGAAACAAUGUGGAGACAUGCACGUGACAAAUUCUGAAAGUAAACAUUUCCAAACUAGACUGAUGAGGUUUUCGAGGGAUGCAGCAACGGCAGCGGAAGGUACAGGAACAGCGCCUAUUGUUCUCGCAAGAUUGCGAGUAUCAAAGGUCUGUGAUAGUGUUUCUGGAGGUGGUGAGAUUUCUCAUGGUAGAAGUAUCCAAAUGGUUAGUGAAAGAGCUUCGUCUGAGACUAUACGAGACGAACUAGAAUGGAUGCAAUCUCAAGCUAAUGGUUUGAAUGAAGGGAAGACUUCCGUACAGUGCGAGGAUAGCGUUGGAGGAAACGCACAUUUAGAACUAUUAACAAAAGAUGUUCUUACAAAGGAGCACCAAAUUCCACUUGCUGCUGAAGUAUCCACAACAGAACGUUUGAUACAGGAAUAUGCUGAAUAUGAUAUGGUACCAACCACAGAAGAGGAAACUAGAUCUCCUGCGGUAUACAAAACAUUAUUUGAACAUGAAAUUUUGCAACCACGAGCAGAAGUACAACAUCAAUUUCUCACAAAAAAAGUUCCCGAGAAAAUAGAAACAAAGCCAUUCAAGAAUGUGAUGCCAGAGUAUCAUCUCCAAAACUACGAUGUCGCAGUAGCCAAAGAAAAAAUUACAAGAGAAAGCGAAGAAUUUUUCAAAAAGAACAGAUAUCCUGGAAAUGCGGCUUCAGUAGAGAUGUUUAGAAAAGAUCUGGAAAGAACCGAAGCCCAAAAAUUCAAAGAUAUUUUGCAGCAGGAAUGUCGUGCUUCACUACUUAAAAAAUUAGUAACGGAGGAAGAACUUAUGGUACUUCAUGAAAAGGAGCAAAAAACAUUUUUUGGGCAAAAAUGCUCGGUAACACAAGCGGAAGAAAAGAAGCACAUACCUCUCGAAGGGAAGCAAUCCAUCAUAACUCCAUUAAGUUUGUACGGAACAAGAGAAUCUGAAGAAAGUGUAUGCAUGUUACAAAAAGAGAUUAUGAACCAGCAAUCAGAGAUGGGACAUUCUGAAGGAUCUGAAGUAAAACUGUUCGAGGGAAGAGUUUCAAAGAAUGCAGAAUCUGAAGGGGUAGUAUUUGAGACAGCAAUACCUGAAGAAUUUGUAGAAGAGGUGGGAAUAGCCAAGAAACAGGCAACAAUGGAGAGUGAUAAGCAGGAUGGGGUUGGAUUCGCUGAAGAAGUUAUCAAAGAACAGGUCGUAGAGGACUCCCUAACAGAUAUUUUUAGUUCUUGGAAAUAUAAGCAGAUUGAAUUUUCCAGAGAAGCUUCUAGUGAUAUGGAUGGAGUGAAAGAAAGUGCUAGGGAUGACGAAGCAUUUUUGCGUUCACCGGAAAUACAAUCUGAAGUAGAAGAUAGACAACGGACUACUGAGUUUGCAGCAGCGAAAGGGAAGGAAAAAUGUACAGACACGAAAACAUUGCCAAGAGACGUGUUGAUUUCAAGUGAAAUUUCGUUUGCAGAUGUGGUAGUUGGUCAUCCGGCACAUGGAGUAAAUGAUAUGACUGGAACUGAGGCGGAACAAUUGAGAACAAAAGACAGAGAUUUGCAGAAAAUGGGUAAGUUAAUAUCUAGUCUGACAACAGAACGGCUGCCGACGGAACUGAGUGAGGAAGAAAUCAUGCCACAGCAAAUGCGGGAAUCUUUAUCCAAAAUACAAGAGGGUAUGGAAAAGCUGCCAGAAUAUCAAUUGAAACAAAACAUCGUCUGCAAAGGAGUGACGCUAGUUGGAGGAACUGAAAAGAUGGAAGGGUGGAGUCCGUCCAGGUUUUACUCAGUUACUCCAUUCGAGCAGUCUAGAUCACUAUCACCAAAGGAGAAAGAAUUUGCGAAAAAACAAGAGAUGGAAGUGUUUUGCGAACCUAGUCUAUUUUUGAAUCAGAUUCAGGAAUGCAAGAAUAUCAUAACAGAUGUGGGAUAUAAUAAGACAAAUAGGGAUGUACAUCUGGAGGCUAGAAAAGAAUUAGAUACAGAUCAACGGUGGAUAGAUGAGAAAAAACAUUUGAGGUUUCCAGAGGGAAGUGAAACGGUUGCUAGAGAAAUUUUGGCAUCUGGUACAUUCACCAUCCGUGACACAGCAAAAGCUGGUGAUCACGAUGUAAAAAACGAUAUAGGAGAGACAUCGAUCGAACAAUUUCCUGAUACAGAUUAUCAGUUUACACCGCCAAAAGCUACUAAGCAGUGUGAUGAAGCUGCUAUAAUGCGAGAAAUGGUGGCAGAGGAACGAAUUCUCGGAAAAGAAACCGAUUACAAUCCAAUGGAAAAUCUAAAUAAACCAGUACAAAAAGAUGAAGAGGAGGAUAUAGAUAGCAAGGGAACAAUUGAACCUUAUGCAGUCGAAACUUAUUUGGAUCAGAAAGGUUUGGUCAAAUUGGAUGGACCUGAAUCAGAAACAAGCACAACAAAACAAGCGAAGACACAGGACAAACUGAGUUAUCCAGCCAUGGAUUUGCCAUCUGCAGUUGAUCAAACUGCUAAUUUUAUUUCUCCAGGUGUGCAAAUGGAUAUUUCACUUCUGGAAAAUUUGUACAGGGUAUCCGAAAAUAGUUGUAGGGAUCAAGUCUUGAUAGAAAGCCUUCGUGAAGGUAUGCAGGUAAAGACAUCUUUUAAAGAAGAUAUACAGGAAGAGGUGCCAGAAAAUAAUGAAGUUCAACCAAUGGUACCAUCGGAUGAAGUGGAAGGGAGAGUGACAGUUAAGACUGGAUUGACAGAUAGUAAAAAGAUUAAUUUUGAUGGACUGACGUCAGAAGGGGAAACGUCGUACGAAGUUGACUUGGACGGAAUAGGUCAUCUAAUUAUGAUUGACGAAAAAAUAAAACCUUUCUGUGCUGAAGCUGAACAUCCUUAUGAACUGACUGUUGAUAUAUCAUGGACUCCGGAAGAUGAAGGUAUUGAUGCGGAAACAGGACUAGAAAAACAGAAAUUCUCCUACGCAGAGCAAGUGAUAACGUACCCGAGCGACGAUAUGAUUAAUGCUGCAAUGAAGGAAGAAAGAGUAACUGGAAGUAUAACAAAAGAAAACGAGGAGCUAAGCAAUAAGAUAAAUCGCGAUGGUGAUAAAAGCUUCCCAAUGUUUGAGACUAUCCAAUGGCAAAAGCUAACGGACGGAUCUGAAGUAACUUCAGGAAAGCUGAAAACGAAUGAACUGAUAGAGGAAUCAGCAGUGAAAACCGAAAAAGUAGCAUUUGAGCAUGAUAAGGAACACGAAAAGCAAUUCAUAAUUGAAGUACUUGGAGAGGAUAAAGGAGAUAGUGAAUCAUUUUUGACACAUCGUUUUCAACCAAAGAAAUAUGUCAUAAAGUCUUCUGAAAUCACGGUCGUUGGGUCGACGACCCUACAAAAAUGGCUGAGAGAUGGGAAAGAAAAUCAAGAAGAGUUCAUCAUUCAGGGGCAACAAAUAUCAGAGCUAACCAGAGACGAAAAAUUUGAAGGAAAUGUUGAUGCAAAAGCAUUCGAAAUGAUGGAUCGUGAUCAGAAAGAAUUUGCAAAGAAAUUAGUAACCGUGGAAAGUGAACAGGAAUUAACUGAAGGGCUACAAAUGGUUCAAAACCUUGAAGAACUAAAAAUUGACAGUGGCGAUGAUAUAACGGUGCCCCAACAAUCUUUUGAUGCUGAAAGUGAUGAGAAAAAGUUGUUCUCAAUAAAAGAACCUCCUGAGCAGUUGACUGCUAAACAUGAUCUGAUGACCUCAUUUGAAGAAGGCAAACUGGAAGAUGUUCGCAUAGCAUCAGAGGGAUUUCUAGAUACUGUGGAAAUUCGUCCAACAAUUCCUCAGCAAAGCGAAGAUAAUCACGUUUUAGAAAAGGGAUCUGAUAGGCAACAGUCUGCUGAAUUUUCGUUAAGCGGUGAAAAUGAAGUGCGAAAAGAAGAGGAAUCAUUAUGUUACUCUGAAGAACAGGACAUGUUCUCUAUGAUACAAGAAGUAACCUCGACAGGGAAAGAAUCCUUCAAGGAAGAUCUUUCUGAUCCUGCUAAAACAACUGAAAGUGCAGCAGCAGUUGUUCUUGCAGCUUCAGAAGCUUUAGCAAUUUUUGGGUCUAUAGAAACAGUUCAGGUGGUCGAGGAUCAGAAAAGUUUUCUCAGGAGUGCUUCAUCUGAUGCUUUCGAUAGCAGUAUGGAGAAAAGAAAAGAUGGUGAAAAGAUGUCUCAUUGUGAAGAAUCAGAAAAGCGCAUAAAUUCCUCAAUUAUUUCAAGCACAGAAGCUUUUGUAGAACUAAAUGAUGCAAAAGUAAUUUACGGCGAAAUAAGUGAUGCGCCUUGGCAACAAGCAAAAGGCAGGCAAAGCGAAGAAACUGUUUCAGGAAAACAAUUGGAAUUAGCGGCAAAAGAAUGUACUGAUGAAGUGGCAAAUGAACAAAAGGUAACUCUUCUGAGUGUUUUGGACAGAUAUCCUUCUGAACAACAAGAGUGCCACAAGUUUACAUUGUCAAGGAAGAAAGAGACAGAAGAGGAUGCAUCUCCCCCUUCCUUUUCGUCGAUGUUCCCUACCAAUGCAGGGAACACUCAAACUGAAUCAAUGCAAGAGGUGCAAAAAAGAAUUGAAUCACUAGAAGUAAUUGCAGUUGUUCCUCAGCAAAGGAUUGAAGAGACUGUUAUUAAUAAAUUUAGUCUUCCAGCAAAAGGACAAUAUCGGGAAACAAAAGAGGAUGUAUGUGAAUUGGGGAGCGUAAGAGAUGAUGAUAAAAGAGGGAAAGUAAAAGCGAUAGCUGAACCUACUUCGGAGCCUGUUUCUGAAGAAUCGCUAACGUUAACAGAAGCGCCAUUAUCGAAGCAAAAGACUGGCAAUGGAUCAUCUGAAAUGGAUGAGAAAGCAAAAAUUGCCCGUGGCAUCGAUCUCCAAGCGAAUGCGAAACAUUUAAUUAGCGAAAGCAUGGGAAAACUAGACCAAACAGCGAGCAGAAGCAGCAGUAACUAUAACAUAGAUCCCUCAAUUAGAAAACAUAGCUUUAGUGAAUCACGGCCUAGCGAGGAAAAAGUCACUGCUGGAAUGAGUGUAUCUCAAGUUCAAUAUGAACAUAAAGCAGAUUAUGGAUCCGAUUUAAAAGAGAAAUUGGAAACGCUUAUAGAAGAGACGAACAAGUUAAAACGACACGCAGAAGGAUGCAAUUUAUUAAAAGAUGAUGAAAAGAAUGAGGAAGAGCUUGAUAUACAGGCAACAGUAAUGGCUGAUGACAACGUGAAGCCAGCGGAAAGCUUAUCGCGCAGUGAAUCCACCUAUAAAACGGCUACGGCUACAUCAAGGGAUGGGUAUGAGACAUGUCUUACAUCCCAGGAGGAUACUUUCGAAACGGCUCCUAGCUGUCAUUCCCAGGAAUCUGAAUACACUACAGCAACUAGUGAAGCUAGCAGUAGAUUGUCAGUUAUGAGUGAGGAGCGUCAAGAAAGUGCUACACCGCUUGCAUUUCUCUCACCAGUACAGUCUGAUCGUCUUUUUACUGCAUCUCAGGAUGAGGAACAAGAACCAAACAGGCAAGAAGAUAGAGUUAUUGAUUCGAAACGUUCUAGCCCAGAUGUGCCUGAUAUUGAACUUGUAUCUGUCGAAGAUGAAGAUGAUAUGGAAGAAGACAUGCUACUAAGAACUGCUGGUGGUAUUCUUCUCGCUCCAGAUCUGGAUCCGGAACGACCUGUUUCCCCCAUUCCUCCGGGUUUCAGUGACGAAGAUGAAGGUAUUGCCGCUGUUGCUAUUGCAUCUGAUUGCUCCAGAAAAGUUGCUGAUCAAGCUCGCCAAGCGGAAAUCAAAAUUCUGGACUCCAUUGUAGAAGCUUCAGGAGACGAUGUCCUUGCUGACGAAAUAUUUCCGUCGUGGAAACAAGAAAUGCCUGAUUCUACAAUCUUUCAAGAAUCAAUGCAUGAAAAAGCAAUGGAUUUUGGAAAAGAAUAUUCCCAACAGAAUAUUCUCAAAUAUUCAGAUCUAUCUGUUGGAAAUAAAAUCAGUAUUUUUCAUACAACCGAAAAAAUUGAAGGUGUCGCUUUACCCUCCGAAGCAGUUUUAUAUACCGGAUCUGAUUCAUUGGAUUCUCUUGAUAAGAUAUCAAUCAAAAGCGGGAGCAGUGGUAAGAAAUAUAGCACGUCACGUCGAAGCAGCACUAGCUCUCGAAAAAGUUCGCACGAUGAGCCGCAAACAUUUGUUGAACGACUGACACCGGAGUUGAAAAUGUCAUGGGUAGAAAAGGAUCAGGAAAUGGAAUCGGUUAAACAGUCCUCAUCGUCGUCGUCUGAGGAAUAUCCAACGUAUAUAUCGGAAAGCGAGCAAGUAAACACGGUGGAAGCAGAACUAGAGACGGUGGACGAAGAACCGGAAGAAGUGGAUUCGCUGAAUGGAAGAAGCGUAUCUUCAAAUGGCCAGGGAACAGAUAUCAGCAUGACAGUUGGGAAAUACAAAACAGUUUCAAGCGACAAUGUCUCUGAAACGAGUUUGCAGGAAUUUGAGCGAAUCGAGCGGGAUGUACUGAACAAGGGUGAAUCAAGUCUUAGUGGGAGUGAAGUUGAAUUGUACGUAGCCGGAAAAUUGAAGAGGGCUGAUGGAUCAACAAAUUCCUUGGCCGAAUUUGAACGACUGGAGCAAGAGGUCGUAGCCGAAGGUUCCCCACAAGAUGAAGUAAUGAUCCUAUCCGAUAUACGUGAAGAAUCGGAGGUCGAAGAGAUGAGUAUAAGAGACGAUGACGAAGAACAUGAUUCCAUUUCAGAUAUAAAAGCAAUACCAGUUGAGGAAGACAUCCAAGCGGCAACACCAUUAGCUUCACCAACUGAUAGCAUCGAAAGAAAUUUUGAAAAUUUUGUUCCGGAACCAAUGGGAACGAGCACUGAUUCUUUAGAAAUUAAUGUCCGAUCAGUACAUACAGAGAGCGAUUUGGGUGCUGAAAGUUAUUUAACUGAAUAUGAAGUCAUUGAAAAAGUACAUGAAGAGAUGCAUGAUUCUCUUGAAAUAAUUCCUCAGGACAAGGAUUCUAUGCUACAAGGAGUCAGUGUACAGGAAAUAAGCCAAGACAGGCAAGCACUAUUGAGUGGUGAUGAUAUGAGUACAUACCAAAGAGAUCAGGAAGAAGAGAAAGAUUCGUUAAUUGGUGAUGUUGACACUAUGCUCCAUGAUUAUCCGACCACGCUAACAACGUUUGAAACUGUGCAAAUCAACGAAGAUGGUUCUAAAGAAAUAAUCUCAAGAAGGGUUCUAACCCGUGUCACUGAUCCAGUUAUUAGUCACGUACAGUUUACUGGAACCGAAAAUGAGCAUCGCUUACGCGAUCUGGAACGUGAAGAAGAAUUUGAAACGGUGGAUGUAGAAGGCAACGUUACGCGAACAACACUUCAUCGCAGUGUUCCUUCAUCAUCUGCAGGUACUUCACAUCCAGCUCAUCGUGGUUGAUUUCAUCAGCAUUCAAACGAGAUUAUUUAUUUAUCAGCCUAAUUUUUGCUUUUUCUCGAAUUACUUUGCUGUUCUUUUUUCGAUACCCUUCCUUUGGUGGCUUGUGUCAGACUGGCAAUAUUGUUUUUAAACUUAGCUUUAUUCACUGAUGUUGUGUUUCUCAACACAUUUAAACUGUAUUAUGAUCGGGUUACAAAAGAAAUCAAGUUUAAUAUAUUCUUGUAAUUUUAAAUCUACCAACUGAUAAUGUUCCAAGCAUUCAUGUAGUAGCUGUGCAACCAGCAUUUGUUAGGGUACGAUAUAUUAGAUUAUUCACGUUAGACAGUUCCAACUGUUCCUUGGAAUAUUUUAUCACUUUUCCAGAUGACACUGUGUAAAAACAAUGAUAAAUAUCACUCUACGUACUCUUCCUUAUUAGUCAUGCCUAGAUUUUCUUUAGCAUCUUAAAAAUGAAUUCUAGAUCGCAUUUUUAUUGAGAAUAAAAUUCGAAGCAGUAUGAUUAACGAACAUUUGGUGCAGUCGAAAGGAACGGUCGGUGUAUUUAUACAGCAAUUCUUCUGAAGUUUUCCGCAUCUGACAGUAGGUGAUGCUUGGUUCUGUUAUUAAUUACUGAACAUUAAGUAGAUAUUUCAAAGUUUUAAAAGAUUUGUGCCCCUACUUUAUUGUUGGCAACUGUUCCCAAGAGGCACCUUACUAAAGGUGCAACAAAAGGAUUUUUUGGCUUUUGGCUAGGCUGAUCAAAAAUAAGUAUGCAAAAAAUUGUGAGCUAAUUAUCAUAAUCAUACUUCUGGUUGUAUUGUGAUACCGAUGAAACGUAUAGCUUUGUCGCGUUCUCAUUGUCACUUUGUUUAUAUCAUAAAAUGGCUUUUGACGCC